GGACGCGCUCCCCCCCCCUCAGCCCCAAUGCGCAAGCGCUCCUCUUCUCAAGUCGGGGUCGGCAUCUUGCAGAAGAAACUCUUAAAUUCUGGAAAUAGCGACUCAGUAUCAUGGCCGGCCGCCUUAAUGAAGAUCCAGAAGGAAGUCGAGUGCGUGACAACUAUUAAAUUUAUCGGUGAAGUGAAAUUCAGAAUAAUUGAGAUCACUUAUGUGAAAGGAGAUCUUUUCGAAUGUUCCAAAACAGACUCUUUAGCCCAUUGUAUCAGUGAGGAUUGUCGAAUGGGUGCUGGAAUAGCUGUUCUCAAGAAGUUUGGAGGGGUACAGGAACUGUUAAAUCAACAAAAGAAGUCUGGAGAAGUGGCUGUUCUGAAGAGAGAUGGACGAUAUAUAUAUUACUUGAUUACAAAGAAGCGGGCUUCGCACAAGCCGACCUAUGAGAACCUGCGGAAGAGUUUAGAGGCCAUGAUCCAUUGUUUGAAGAAUGGAGUCACUGAUCUCUCCAUGCCCAGGAUUGGAUGUGGUCUGGAUCGUCUGCAGUGGGAAAAUGUGUCUGCGAUUAUUGAAGAGGUAUUUGAGGCAACGGACAUCAAAAUCACGGUGUACACACUCUGAACAGAUGAUUUGGAUGACUCGUGGUCUUUGUGUCGUUGCUACUUGGUUGUAGGACUGUAGCACCU